AUGUCCAUAAAAGAGGAUGAUGUUAAGAAUGAUUCUGAUAAUGAUUUGGGUGAUGAUUUCGAUUAUCAACCGAAUGCAGAAGAUGAUGCUGAUGACGACGAUGUGGAUUCGCUGGAUUCCACUAGCAAGAGUGAAGAAGUUUAUGGUGUAAAAAGAAUAGCGGAUUUAAUGGUGGAGGAUAUUUGGAACCUGAAGUUUAGGACGGAGGAUGAGGCUUGCCAAUUUUAUAACGCUUAUUCUUGUUGGCAUGGAUUUGUAAUGAGGAAGGACGACGUGGUUAGGGAUAAUCAAGGUAGAAUCAUUAGCAGGCAACUUGUUUGCAACAAAGAGGGCUGGAGAAAUAUGAGGUAUCUCGAUCUGGAUGAUAGAUCAAGGGAGGCAAGGUCACUAACGCGAACCAAGUGUCCAGCUCGGCUUAGGGUAAAGCUUGACUACGACUGCGGUAGAUGGAAGGUAUCAUGUUUUGUGGAAUCUCACAACCACGAUCUGACGCCACCCCAAUUUGCGCAUCUGGUAUCGGCCAAUCGUCGUCUUACUGUGACUGAUAGAGUCCAAGUGGAAAAUCUUCAUAAUUUUGGUGUCAAGAGCUGCCAUAUUAUGGGGUAUAUUGCAUUCCAGAAGGGUGGAUAUCAUCAUGCUGGCUUCACACGGAAAGAUUUGUACAACCACAUCGAUCGCUAUCGUCGGGCAAAAGUUAAAAACGGGGAUGCCAAUGCGGCAAUAAACUAUUUGAUUGAUAUUGUUGCCUUUGAUUCAACCUACAAGAAGAAUAAAUACAACAAGCCUUUGGUCAUUUUCUCUGGAUGCAAUCAUCACGGGCAGACUGUUAUCUUCGGCUCCGGCCUACUAUCCGACGAAACCACAGAGACGUAUAAGUGGUUGUUGGAAACCUUUGUUGAAGCGAUGGGUGGGAAAAGUCCAAAAGCAAUAAUAACUGACGGAGACCUUGCCAUGCGAGAUGCAAUCAAGAAUGUUCUGCCUGAUGCGACCCAUCGGUUAUGCGGCUGGCAUCUGCAGAGAAAUGCAUGUGAAAAUAUAAAGAAUCCUAAUUUCCUACGCGAUUUUAAGGGUCUUAUAUACGACAACAACGACCAGAGAGACUUUGAUCGGAGAUGGGCAGCCAUUUUGGAUAAGCACAACCUUCUUGGCAGUACCUGGAUGGAAAAGACGUACGAAACUCGUGAGAUGUGGUCCCAUUGUUUCCUCCGGGAUAAGUUUUUCGGUUACAUAAGGACGACAUCACGUUGUGAAGGUAUAAAUUCUCUCAUCAGAUUUUAUGUUAAUCGCAAGAACACCCUCAUUGACUUCAUGCAUAACCUGGAUAGGGCCUUAAAGGAGUAUAGAAACAACGAAUUAAUAGUUGACUUUAAGUCUCAGUGCUCAGAGCCAGUGAUGCUUACCUCGUUGGAGGUAUAUGAAAGAUCUGCAUCAUGUUAUUUCACGCGAAACAUUUUCAAGGAAAUUCGUAAUGAGAUUCAGAGGGCAGGGGCUUUGAAUAUAACGGUACUAAGCACAACCUUGGACAAGGUAGAGUUCAGUGUGACUGCUCUCGGAGACCCGGCCAAAGAUCGACGGGUGGAAGUCGAUAGAGGUAAGAAUCUAUUCUCGUGCUCGUGCAAGCUGUUUGAAUCACGUGGUAUUUCCUGUAGUCAUAUCUUCUGUGCCAUGAAGUUCGAAAACAUACUUGAGUUUCCAGAUUCGUUGAUAUACAAAAGGUGGACAAAGAAUGCAAAGAACGAAUUUAUUAGCACAGAAAUGCCUGUGAAUGAUGACAUCGAAAGGGUCUUAAAGUUUCGAGUUGGAGUGUUGGCAUCGAAUUGCAACAAGCUGUGUGAUAUUGCUUGCAAGGAUCUUGCAGACUUUGAUGAAGUCCAGUCUGAACUUGUCAAUUUAGUUAUCCGCCUGCAGUCACGCAAACAAGGCAAGUCAACUCCUAAUGUUAACGUGGAAGGCAUCAACGAUCCCUUUGUUGUCAAAAGCAAAGGAGCCCCUUCCAAGAGGUCUUCUUGGAGGAAGAAGAGAGCAUGCUCUAAUUGCCACAAGUACGGUCAUUACUACAAGCGCUGUCUAGAUCUGAUGCAGCAUAGGGUGGAAGGUAAUCCUCGCAAUCGAUCAUACGACAAUGCAUCAGCCAAGGACUCAGGUUUUAGUCCAGAAAGGUUUGCUAAUUCUUCGAGGUCAUUCUCAAUUAAGUCUGAACACCACUCAGGACCUAAUACCAAGCAUUUUAAAAAGGGUGGAACAAGGAAGUUUACGACGACGGGUAUGAGGAACCGGAAGGGUAAAGACAACACUUUUGUCGAGGUGAAGGAGUCACAACAGGACAAGAGACAUUCAUUCACGAACUAUGAAUGCGAUAAUGAUGUCAUUGAUGAUAAAUGUGACACACGACAUGUGCAGAUGGAUGUCCGAGAUCAGUUACCGUCGUCACUGUCUUGUGGCAACAAACAAGGAUUGUACAUGGCAUUGUUCGCGUCGAUGCAUAGGACACUUUGA